AGGAAUACAGGUGUGGGGAGAUAACGCUGAAGCUGGUAGUAAAGUUUGGUCUAUAUCUUUGCACUUAUGAUGCAAGGAUGUCGGAAGAAGCGCUGGAUGAAAUGUCGGUUCUGUCUGCAAUUUUUUGUGAAAAAGACGAAUUUGAGUUGAUUGAGGAAUCAGCUCAGACAGGACUCGUGUACCGCAUCCGCACUGCGAUAGACACCGACAGCAAGACAAAAACCCUGGACCUGACUUUCCAUCUGCCUCCGCUAUACCCUCAAACCACUCCUGAUAUCAGCGUCACCUCCAGCCAUUUCUCGCGGAACCACUGCCAAGAACUGAAAAGAGCGAUGCUCAGUAAAGCUAGCACUCUUCCACACGAGCCUAUGGUUCACCAUCUCGUGACGUGGCUUCAACACAAUUUCACCGACCUGGUUACAACCCCGAACAGCCGAGGAGACUGCUCAAGUACAGCAGAUAGUAACGCAGAGCACACCUGGAUGGCAUUGCUGCAUUUAGAUCAUAUGCGUUCUAAAGCUAAAUAUAUCAAACUGAUUGAAAAGUGGACUUCAGAGCUGGGUUUGACGGGGAGGCUGUUUGUCGGCAGGCCGAUUUUGAUUUUACUGCAAGGAACAAAGGAAAGCAUUAAGCUUAGUAAAAUAUAUAAUUGGAUGCCAACUCUAAAUCCUUCCCUCAAGGAAUAUAUCCACCUUCAGAGGACGGUGAAAGUUGACGUUGACUCGUCAGGCAAGCGGUGCAAAGAGAAAAUGAUGAGGGUUUUAUGUGAAGUGCCCCUUACAGAGGAUUUUAAAAGAAUAUCAACGUUUGAGGUUAAAGAAGACUUGUCUUUAGAAGACCUCAGAAGGGAGUUUGAUUUAGUCGGAUCGAUGAAGCUUUACCAAGAAUUUGUAACCUCGUUACAAUAAAUGUCUGAAAUCUUG